AUGGCCUCAUCGACAGGUGCAGAAGCAGAGUCCCUGCAGAAGAAACUCCGCUCUGCGCUAUGGUUCCAGAUUGGUAAGAUGGUCGAUGAAGAGGGUAUCAGCCUGGGAGUCAAUGCGACGCCGCAGUACAUUGGCAGUCUGAUGGAACUGGUAUGGGCACAGAUCGGAAAUGCCGCUGUCGACCUCGAGGCAUUCGCCAAACACGCAGGGAGAUCCACGAUCAAAACGGACGAUGUCAUGCUGCUCGCUCGGCGGAACGAAGGGCUAGAGCAGAUUCUCCGUGUCGAAUUGAAGCAACUUGAGCAAGCAAAGUCCAAGCACGAUAAGACUCGGUGA